ACCUUUUGAAUUCUUCAAGAUCUUACUUGUUAUUUGUUUUUCACGCACGCAAGCACAUAUCCUCCCGCGCAUGGAAGAGCUAUAAAAUAAUUGUAAUACAAUUAUACCUGUAAUAUCAGCUGCAGCAAAGGAGCACCAUGUUGCGGCUUGUCAGGGUUGCAUCCAAAGGUCACAGGUUCCGCCUACUCGCUGCCAAGAUGGCAAAGCUCAAUGCAAUGUCAAAGCCAGUUAUGAGUGCCACAGGGAAGUUCAUGCCACGACAUCUAUCCAUGAUGGCUCUUGAAAACGAUCUCCCUAAACUGCCAGUCCCAGCCUUAGAUGACACAAUGGACAAGUAUUUAAAUGCCAUUCGUCCACUCAUAAAUGAUGAUGAUUUUGAGAACACCCAAGUGCUUGUGAAUGAGUUUAGGAAGAAAGGAGGAAUCGGGGAGAUUCUACAGGGAAAGCUACUUGAAAGAGCAAAGAAAACUGAUAACUGGAUGGCUGGUUGGUGGGAAAACGUUAAGUAUCUUGAUGUGAGGGUACCAGUUGUAAUAAAUUCUAAUCCUUCGUGGAGCUUUCCCAAGGAAAACUUCUCGGAUAGAUUUGAUUUCAUCCGUUACUCAACAAGACUUGUACGAGCUGUCUUGAAGUUCAGGCAAAUGGUUGACAAUGAUCAGUUGAGCAUUGACAAGAUGGGUAACAAACCCCUCAACAUGUACCAGUAUAAACUUUUCUUCUGUGGAUGCCGUGUCCCCCAACUCAACAGAGACAAGUAUUAUGUGGCAGCAAAAGGACAAGCCAAGCAUAUUGUUGUUGCUCAUAGAAAUCAGUUCUACUCAGUUGACGUGUACGACAGUAAAGGACAACCUCUUGGUGAGCCUGAGAUAGCAGCCCAGCUACUGAAGAUUGUACAGAACACAGAACCAGAGGAACCUCCAGUGGGGGUAUUCACCAGUGAGAAUAGAGAUGUGUGGGCCAAGGAAAGAUACGCAAUGGCUAAAGAUCGCAAUAAUAGAGCCAACUUUAAGAUGAUUGAGAGCAGUAUAUGCGUUCUGUGUCUGGAUAAACCCUGUCCUCCAUCAACACAAGUCCCAAGUAUCACAGAGUGUCCAUCGGACUCCGUCACAGGAUGUCAGACUCUCCAUGCAUAUGGCGAUGGCAUCGAGUAUAACAGCCUUAACCGGUGGUUUGAUAAGCCUUUCCAGUUCACAGUCAGUGAAGAUGGUAACAGCGGCGGAUGUUUUGAACACACCUGCGCAGAUGGUUCAACAGUACAGAGAGUGUCGGAUCCAAUCAUGAAAGAAAGAAAAGACUACAAAUCAAUUAAAGUUAAAGAUAGAUCUGAUCUUGCUGCACCUCAAAAAAUGAAGUGGAACCUUAAACCCAGUACUUUGCAAAACAUGGAGACAGCUAAGGAUCGUCUUGACAGUUAUGUGAAGGACACAGACGCCCGGUUGUUUGCAUAUCAAGGCUAUGGUAAAAACUUUAUCAAGUCCCUCAAGCUAAGUCCAGACGCCUGGUUCCAGAUAUCACUUCAGCUGGCGUUCUACAGGCUUCAUGGACACGUCGCCCCAGCCCACGAGGCAGGCUCCACUCGCCAAUUCAAGCUCGGCCGAACAGAAACGAUCAGGAGCGCAUCUAUCGCCACGCACGAGUUUGUCAGGGCGAUGACAAGUAAACACGCCUCGAGAGCUGAGCGUUACGAAUUGAUGAGGAGAGCGAUCAACUAUCACUCUACGUACACCAAAGAGGCCCUUGACGGGAAGGCUGUGGAUCGACAUUUGCUGGGUCUCAAGCUGACCGCCGUCGAAUCAGGCAUCACGCUUCCCGCCAUUUUCAUGGACCCAAGUUAUCAUUAUUUCUUCCACUUCAAGCUCUUCACCAGUCAGGUUCCACUAGAGCACGAAAGCUGGGUAGUGAUUAGACCCGCAGUGCCUGAUGGGUACGGGAUCUGCUACAACCCACAGCCGAACAAAUUAAUGUACAGCGUCUCGACCUUCAAUAGUAACCCAGCAACGAACCCAGGCCACUUCGCGACCGCAAUGCAGCGAAGCCUCGAUGAGAUGCAGUUGCUAGGGACGAUAUAAAAAAUAUAAAAGAUGCGCGGGAAAUUUUGGCGCCAUGCGCGCGCGUGCCGUAAAUGCUCUAAUAAGCGACCCCUAUCUAAAUAACGCCUCCUAUGUAAUGAACGCUCCCCCCCCCAAAGCCUACUAAUUUUUAAUGAAAGCCCCUCUCUAAUAAACACCCCCCCCCCCUACACCUCCUCCCAGCUUAAAAACAAACCGAUAUAGGAUCAAAUUUAAUUAAUCCGAGUUAAAGGUCAUCUUCGCUUUUGCGAAUUAUCGUGUUGCUAUGGUAAUCUGGUAAUUUCGUCAUCAUGCACAGCACGCUGUGACCUCGGCAUAAUAUAUUGCCGCUUUUAGAUUUUUGUUCUCCUGUGCUCAAAAUCUAAAUCAUCAUCAUCUAAAGAUGUUUCAUAUGUUCUCAUUUUAGAAAAAAAGGUGGAAUAUUUAGGCGUUCAUAGACAUACAAAACCCUUCAAAGGGGAGGAAGGGGGAAAGAAGUUGCUCCUCCAUUUUUACACAGCAUAUUUUUAUUGUGGUCAGUGGUUUUCAAUGGGUCUCAAACACGAAUGAGCUUUGAAUUGAGAUGUCCAUUGAUUGCUGACCGCUAGACCCUCCGGCAAGCUCUUGGCGUGUGUAAAAUUUGCAUAUCAAUCACGUCAACUGUAUAAUCGCCACUCCUUUCAAAGGUGUAGAGAGAAGAGGUUUUAGUUUGUAGAGAUUGUAUUUAAUUUUUCUCGACUAUCUGCAAAAGGUAAAAAUGAUAUCACACUUAUCCCAUGAA